CUCACCUUUGAGGCGGGUCCAGAAUCCUAAUGCCCGGAGCUGUUGGUCGCCCAAAGCGCAAUGGAGCUCUCCGGAUUGGUCGACGUACCCCAGGUCUCCGUUUAAGGCCCGCCUCCUGCCUGCUUCCACUUCUGAAGAUAGACCAUGGCCCUGAGAGCAUGUGGCUUGAUCAUCUUCCGAAGAUGUCUCAUUCCCAAGAUGGACAACACUGCAAUUGAGUUUCUACUGCUGCAGGCAUCAGAUGGCAUUCAUCACUGGACUCCUCCCAAAGGCCAUGUGGAACCAGGAGAAAGUGACUUGGAAACAGCCCUUCGGGAGGCUCAGGAGGAAGCAGGCAUAGAAGCAGGCCAGCUGACCAUCAUUGAGGGAUUCAGAAGGGAGCUCAAUUAUGUGGCCAGGAAGAAGCCUAAAACCGUCAUAUACUGGCUGGCAGAGGUAAAGGACUACGACGUGGAGGUCCGUCUCUCCCACGAGCACCAGGCCUAUCGCUGGCUGGGGCUGCAUGAGGCCUGCCAGUUGGCUCAGUUCAAGGAGAUGAAGGCAGUGCUCCAGGAAGGACACCAGUUUCUCUGCUCCACGGUGGUCUGAACUGACCAGAUCAGGGUCUUUUGCCUCCGUAGGAUCCUUGAGGGCUUCUGAGGUGAACUACCUUUGCUUCCAGGGAAGCCUAUGCUGGUCUUUGGCUCAUUAUAGCAGAUUGCAGACAGGCUGGUAAAAUCAGCUGAAGACCCUCAGAGAAGAGCAAGCAAAAAAUCUCAGCUGGGUGGAAAGGAAGGGAAAGGAGUUAAAAAAAAAAAAAGGCCAAGCCCAGCGAGUGCAUCCUUAUACGUUAUGAAUAAACGUCAAGCAGCUUAUCCCUCCUUCUAACCUGCUGUAUUUAUUUCAUGGGCUCUUGCCUUGG